AUGGGUACGGAUGCCCGAAAAGGCGAUGACGGCACGAUCAAAGUCGCAUCUAAGAACAAGAACGGAAAGAUCAAGCUGAAGAAGCCAGCGCCAAAACACAGCAAACCUGGAAACUGGAUGGAUGGCAGUGUAAUUGAGAGUAACAACAAGAAGAAGAAUGGCGCCUUGCCUGUGGGUGCGCCCUCACCAGGUCCUGUUGUAAACGAACUCGACGAAACUUCCCGCGAAACCUUUGCGACAGGACGACCCCUCGAAGAUAGCCCCGACUUGCAACAAUGCAAGCACUGUAAGAAGAGCGUUUUGAAAACAGCCGCCAAGGCGCAUAUUGCGCAAUGCCUGCGGUUAAAGAAAGAGAAGGCCCAAAGAAAGAAAGAGGCUCGCGAAGCAAGAGAGAGGGCAAAAGAGGCAGCAAGACAAGAAGAACAACGGAAAGAGGACGAAGAGAAUGGGGUUGAGCGGGGCGACGACGACAGUGACGACGACGGAAUCUCGGCCGAAAAGAAAGCAACUGGAAGCAAGACUGCCAAAAAGGCCGCGGGCAAGAAACCCGAGGACGAUAAGAAGGGAAAGAAACGUAAGGCCGAUGGUGAUCCAGACAAAGGACCCAAGAAUAAGAAGAAGAAGGAUGAGCCAAAAGCCAAGGUCCCUAAGCCAAAAGGACCUGUGGACGUGGAGCGGCAGUGUGGUGUCUUGUUACCCAAUGGACAGCCAUGUGCAAGAUCAUUGACAUGUAAGAGCCACAGUAUGGGAGCGAAGCGCGCAGUCGCAGGAAGAUCUUUGCCAUACGAUAUGCUUCUUGCCGCGUACCAGAAGAAGAAUCAAGCGAAGCAGCAGAAGGCGGCGCUUGAUGCCAACGCGCCGAUAGAAGAUGAAGACGAAGCAAACAACGGACCAGUCGAUUCCGACGAAGAAACAACGGCGGUGAUGGGUGCUCUAUCACAAUGGCGUCCUCAACCUUUGAUACCACAACCUACUUUCACUCCCAUAAAACGACAAUACCAGCUCGCAAGAUUACACGAACAGCUUCAAAUGGCCACCAAUGGUGGGAGGACAAAUAUAUUUUCGGUCACCGGUUUUGGAGCACAGAAGCUUCCCGAGGGCCAUCCUGGGCUACAACCCGCUUCAGAAGACGCUCCUGGAGAAAUAGACAUUACUGCGGGUUUCAAUAAUGCUGGGCGGACGACAGCGACAUUCACAUCUCAAAGACAACCAUCAGUUUCAAGCAGGGCAUAG